CGUGACAGCCGAUUGUGCAUUGAGCAGUAAAAGAGCGUCCAUUAAAGCGUCGAAAUAAUUUUCAGUAGUUUUGAGUGCUUAAAUCCGUGAAUUUCUCGGAAAAUAUAGGAAAAAAUUGUAAAAUUAUUGUUCCAACAGCGAUUGGAAUUGGAGAAUAAGAGGGAAAUCAAGUUUAAAGAGGAUUUUUCAGCUAUUUACUGUAUGCGCAUCAGAUCCAUGACCAGCUAAAACAGAUCAUGGCUACGACGCAGCAGUAUUCCCUAAAGUGGAACAACUACCUGACGCAUUUGGCGUUCCAUUUCGAGAAUUUACGCAACGACGGCGAGUUUACGGAUGUCACGCUCUGUUGCGAAGGCAAAAAAAUCAAGGCCCACAAGGUAAUCCUUUCCGCGUGCAGUACCUACUUUUGCGAAGUGUUCAAAGAAAACCCGCAUCCGCAUCCCGUGAUCAUCUUCAAAAAUGUCAAAUACGCGGAACUCGUUUCCAUCAUCCAAUUCAUGUACCAUGGCGAGGUGAGUGUCAUCCAGGACCUCUUGCCGACCUUCUUACAAACAGCAGAGCUGUUACAAGUGCGCGGUUUAACAGACACAAAUCUCACGGAAAGUGCAAAAAGUCUCGUAGCGGAGGAGCAACGCCCCGCCGAGACACUAUUCCUCGCUGUGCCGCAAGAAACGAACAAAAUUCUGACGGCCCUCUCGUCGACGCCCAUCAAAACGGUGCAAGCGACUCAUGUGCCGCACGAAACUUACAGCCAAAUCCGCAUCGAGCAGCCGGCGACGACAACCAAAGUCAUCGAGCAUCACGUGAAACCGCCAACUUUGGUGAAACGCGUCAAAAAAACGCACACAAUUCAGCAGCAACCGCAGCAAACCACACAACAAGUUCAGCAGCAGCAGCAACAGCCACAAACACACCAACUCGCAACAGUACAAACUUACGAAACGCUCGGCUUAGACAACGACGGCGAACUCAUGGAGACGGAAGGAGAAGUCGAAUUUCUGCAAACGACAGGCUUGAAAAUGGAAAUGCCCGAAUUCAAUGAUGUCCCGAGUGGCGCGGAUGCCAAAACGACGCAGAUUCAGGAAAGUACGCCCUCGUAUAUUCAAACGUCGGAUAAUGUCACAUACCAAAUUAUCGAUGGGCAAGUUGUGAAACGGACCACGGGCGGGCAAACGACGACUGUCGUACAAACGCAAGACGUCUCGCAGGAACAAGAAGGCAUGGAUGAACAGGAAAACGAAUCGGAAUUAGCAAUGUAUCAAACGGACGACGGAAAGAACGAAUCUCAAGGAGGAGACUUCUCAAUGGAACAAAUCCACAUAAUAGGCCAGGCUCCGGAUCAAGUUCAAUCCAUCCAGCGUGUCAUUCAUCGGCAAAUCGGCACAAAAGAAGGCGAAACGGGCGUCGUUGUUGGCGGAAGCAAUACCGUCUGCAAGGAAUGUAAUCGCACCUUUACAUCAGCAUCUGCCUUGCGACGUCAUACAAUGUCGAAACACUCAAAUAUCGGCGUGAAAUAUCAGUGUAACGUCUGUUCGAUGUCCUACAAGACAAAAUGGUCCCUUUCGACGCACAUUUCGCGCUACCAUCGACCGGCAGCGGAAAAACUCGCGCGCAAAAACAAGGGCAAGAAACAAAUGGACCAAGAAAAUACCGAAGAAACGGAAGUCGGAGGGGAACAAGUUACGGAAGUUGUCUUUGUCAAAUCGGAAUAAACACGCGAAAUUUUUUUCUUCUAUUUUUUUAAUUUUUCUUUUUUUUUUAUUAAGUUUAUAAGAGUUGUAUCGACGUUAACUUUUUUUUUAUUUGUGUAAAUAUUUGUCUCGUAAUGCAAUUUUUGUUGCAGAAAAGAACAAUUAAUUAACAAUAAGUUUAAUUUUCAUAUUUUGUGAGAUUUCAAAUAUAUUAAAUGAGAAAAAAAAACUUAAAAAGAAAAUAUGUAGAAUAGUUUAAGGAAAUAUCAAUAAAAAUAGACCUAAGCACGACUAUUAAAUAUUAUUUAAAAUUAAGAAAUUCAAUUUUAAGAAAAAAUUUAGCAAAAAAAAAACUUUAUUUUAAUUAUAAAUUG